UCUUGGAAGACUUAUAAUUAAGUCGUCUGGGAAGUCUUCCAGCUGGAAGACUUCCCAGACGACUUAAUUAUAAGUCUUUCAGCUGGAAAACUUGCCAGACGACUUAAUUAUAAGUCUUUGAUUGUUUGAGAUGGUUGUCUUUGAUUGUUUUGCAGGCAGACAAAAAAAAUGGAGAUGCCAGAACUCUCCCGUAGGAUAUAUACAUUAGGGGAAGAGUCCCCCGCAGUGCAUAGCAUUUCGUAUCAUACUUGUUGGACGUUGCAUGCUGCUUUAAAGAAAGCUCUUCAUGAUGACGAAUUUGAAGAGCUGAAGGAGUCGAAGUUGGGAGUUUUCAUCAAGUUCCAAGAGCUGGGAUUUGAUUGGGCUUCAAGGCUGGUUCACUACAUGCUCGGUUUCCAGCUGGACAUAAAGAAGAAGUAUGAGCUGUGGAGUCUCGUUGGUCCAGAACCUGUGAGGUUUUCACUAUUAGAGUUUGAACACCUCACUGGUCUAAACUGCGAGUACAUCGAGGACCUUGAGAGACCUCACUCUGUUGUUACAAAGGAGUUGACUUCUUUUUGGGAGAUGCUGGGAGUUCAUGUCGAAGCUGGGCCAUCUACUCAGGAGAUAAUAGCAGCACUUGAGAGAUGCGAAGGGUGGUCUCGGGAUGAUCGCAAGCGGCUCGCGUACCUUGCCAUUUUCACUGGAUACAUUGAAGGGAGAAAGUAUUCAACCCCUACACGGGUUAGUCUGGCAAGGCUAGUGAUGGAGCUAGAACGGUUUGAGAAUUAUCCAUGGGGGAGAGUCGCGUUUAAGGUGCUGAUGGACUCUGUGAAGGGCAGAGAUAUUUCGGGUUGUUACACUAUUAAUGGGUUUGCGCAAGCUCUCCAGGUCUGGGUGUACACAGCUCUUCCGGAACUGGGUGCUACUUUUGGUAAUCCUCUCCCAAACAAUCCGUCUCCCCCGAUACUGGCUUACAAGGGUCGCAAAGGACGCAAACAGUUUAAAGAGGCUAUCCUCAGUCAGGUAUUUACUUCAAUCUGGAAGACUUCGCAGAAAACUUAUAAUUAAGUCGUCUGAUAAGUCUUCCAAUUAGACGACUUAGUAGAAGACUUAUAAUUAAGUCGUCUGGAAAGUCUUCCAGCUGGA